GAGCCCAACCCGACACUCUCCACUCCACACCACCUAGCUAUGGCUUGCACUCGCGCUCUUACUCGUCUGGCGCUGAGACCAGCUGCCGUCCGGCCGGCAGUUUUCUCUCGCAGCUUCGCCUCCGUUACCGAUGUCCACGCCCGCGACCCCAUCUCCAAGACUGCCGAAAAGAUUGUGCCUGAUGCCGCGCAGAAACCCAUUCCAGAGAGCAAGACGUCCAACAUCAAGGAGUCCUCGCCCACCAAAGAUGCCAAAAUGAAGACUUUCCACGUCUACCGCUGGAAUCCUGACGAGCCCACAUCCAAGCCCAAGAUGCAAUCGUACACUCUGGACCUGAACAAGACCGGACCCAUGAUGUUGGAUGCACUCAUCAGGAUUAAGAACGAGAUGGACCCGACUUUGACCUUUAGGCGGAGUUGUCGUGAGGGUAUUUGCGGAAGCUGCGCCAUGAACAUUGACGGAGUCAACACACUGGCAUGUCUUUGCCGUAUUCCCACCGACGCAGCCAAGGAGUCUCGCAUAUACCCGCUCCCCCACAUGUACGUUGUCAAGGACCUUGUGCCAGACAUGACGCUUUUCUACAAGCAAUACCGUUCCGUCAAGCCAUAUCUGCAGCGCUCCACCCCUGCGCCAGAUGGUCGUGAGUUCCGUCAGUCCAAGGAAGACCGCAAGAAGCUUGAUGGUCUUUAUGAAUGCAUUCUCUGCGCCUGCUGCUCAACCUCGUGCCCCUCGUACUGGUGGAACCAGGAGGAGUACCUUGGACCCGCUGUCCUCCUCCAGUCCUACCGAUGGAUCGCCGACUCGCGUGAUGAGAAGAAGGCCGAGCGCCAGGACGCACUUAACAACAGCAUGAGCUUGUACCGAUGCCACACCAUUCUCAACUGCUCAAGGACAUGCCCCAAGGGACUGAACCCUGCGCUGGCCAUUGCCGAGAUCAAGAAGAGCAUGGCUUUUACAUAAACACAUAAAACCAGGGGUUGAUGAGUAGUGCUGCUAGGUAACAUUCGCUGUAUGUAUGUGCGGUUGAUGUUUUUUGUAACUAGGCUUGUAUAUUUUGAGACUUGUAGUAAACAAUUCCAAGCGACUUAUUUCACACGGUUAAUUCUCAACGUUUGAUGCGCGCUCAACUAUCGCACGAUAUGCUAGUCUGUAUUAAACUUUAAAAAUCCGAAACCAGUUUCCUU